AUGCUGGGAUAAAUACUUGACGCUGCAAAUUACAGACCAGAAUAGAUGCAUCCAUAUUCAUCAAGAAACUUAAGAACAACGAGACAUUAAGAUUUAAAAUCUACUCUAUACUCUUACAACUUAGAGCAUAAACAUGGGCUGGGGAGAGGUACUCACAGACUAGGGGAUGAAUACUUCAAAUCCUUUUCUAGGACAACUCUUGGAAAUAAAUUCAUAGUUGAAACUCAAUAGGAGGAUAAGAAAGAUGAGAAGGUCUAUGAAUAAACUCAUAUCUAGAUAAAUAAAAGAUCCUCAGUUAUAAUGGAGACCAAUGAGAUGCCCAGAGCAUAGAGUAGGGUUUAAUAAAGAAACAAAAAUCUUUUAGACUUCAUAAGACAAAGUGCUUGCUCCUCAGCUCGAGGCGAAUCAAGAACUCCUCAAAAGGUUAAUACAAGACCUGAUAAUAUAUUAGAGCACAAAUCUUCCUCAAAGAUAUCAGGCAUGUCCGAUAAGAAAUUCGAGAGUUUAUUUGCAUAAUCUGAUUAAAAAAUAGGAAACGAUGAAUAUUAAGUUACAACUAGGAAAUAAAUAUUGCAAAAUAACCAGUAAAAGUAGGGAAGUUUUACCUCAAGAAAUAAUCAUGAUAACUUUUACUAAAGGCCAUUUACUUAAUAAGGAGUAACACAUAGACCAAUGACUACUACAUUAGGUAAUGAAUCAAAAUUAAGAACUACUUAAUCGAUUGCUUCUUUCAAAAAUCUUGAACUCAAUACAAGCAAAAGUUGCAAGAGUAAUAGUGAGGAGGAAGAUGAUGACUCACAAAAUAGAAAGUCAGUGAUUCAAAAGCGUGAGGAAAAGCUAGUCAGCACUCUAAAUAAAAAAGGAAAGGCACUACCAUAGCCAAAGAGAUAACUUUUGAAAUAGAUUAUGAGAAAUCAAUAGCAGUUGGUGACUGACAAGAAAAUUCAUUAUUAGAAUGAAUAUGAUAAGUAGUUUUUGUCUAGCAAAAUGAAUGAACUUUAUGUGGAUGCAUUUAGUACUUUGAUGCAUAAGCAUAAACCAGAGGAUUAGGAAGACAAAGUCUUAAGUAAAACCUUCAAAGAUCAGAAAGUAUUAUUCAAGUAAAAGAUCAAGGAGAUAUUAAGCUAAAAGAAGGAUGAUAAAAAAGAUUUAAAAAAAUCAGAUUAAAAAAGUUAAGAUAUUGCUGAUACUGAUAUUGAAAGUGAAGUGAUAAAUUAGGUAAAAAAUAAAAGGAGAUCUAUUUUGAGAAUAAUAAAAUCACCAAAAGAUCAACAGAAUGAAAAAGAACAAGAUGAUGAGCCUAAACCUACAUAAAUAUUAGGUAGAUUGCUAGCAGAGCUUAAGAGAGCUAAGAUUUAGUAAAACUUUGAAAAAAAUGGUUUAGCAUCAGGCGGCAGUUCUCUCUUUUAAAAGCUGACUGCAUUUGAUAGAUCUAAGUUGCUUUUUUCAAAACUGUAAGUGAAAUUCUCAGAUGAUGUAGAAAAGCGUUUGAAGGAGUUGCAAUAAUAAGCUUUGGUGACUAAGCACUCCCAACUUUCAGCUAGCAGUAGUGUAGAUAAUAGAAGCAGGUAGUUUUGUUCUGUAAUCAAAGUCGAACAUAGGUAUUAAGUUAGAGAUAAUUUAGAGUUAGACUUCUUUUUAGAGGCUUAAGACUCAAAAAAGAGAUUUUUUAUCUCUAAUUUGAUAGAUUUUGACAAUGAAGUAUUUGCUCCGAAGCCAAGUGGAAUGAUUGGUCCCAACUUUUAAUAUUAAAUUAAUAGAAAGGAUGCUAGAUCACUAAAUGGAGAGCAAGAUCACAUUGCUUAAUGCUUUUGGAAUAAAAUUAAUCAUAAUGGUGAUAUUCCUUCUAACAGAGAGAAUGCUUAUAUGUUUACUAAACAGAAAACAGGAAAGAUUUACUUAUUUGGAGGACAUAAUGGUGCUGAUUUAACUGAUAUCUAUUCAUUUAGUUUGAAAACAUUGUCUUGGAACAGAAUAAUUCCUAAAUUGAAUGCUAAUGGUGAAAUUAAAGCUCCUAUCUAAUUAUAUGGAUAUGGUAGUGCCUAUUGGAAUAGAUAAAACAAACUGUUAGUGUUUGGUGGAGCAAGAGAUAUUGAGAAUACUGGCAAGAGGAGAAAUAAGCAGUGCUUGAGAGAUAUAAGACUAUUCGAUUUUAAAACAAGGAUAUGGGAAGAAUGCUAAGUGGUAGGAGAGGAUGUAAGAGGUAAAUAAAAUAUGGCUUGCUGUUUAAUCGAAUAAGAUGAUGGCAACGACUAUUUCUACAUUCAUGGUGGAUUCUAGAACUAAAAAUACUUCAGUGAUCAAGCAUUCAGGUUGAAUCUCUCCAUGAUGAGCUGGGAGAGCAUUUAGUUUACCGAGGGAAGCGCUAAGCCAUCUCUUGCCUAUCACACGAUUACAACUUAUAGAAAAGGCUCUCAGUUUAUUUUCUACAUAUUUGGUGGAAUAGACAAUCAGCAGCAUUCUCCUUCUAAUUACAUUUAUGAAAUGUAUCAACACAAAGAUAAUAAGCAAUUCGUUAUAAAAUAAAUAACUGACUUUAAGGGCUAACCUCCUAUCCCUAGGUCUCAUCAUACUGCCUCGAUUUUAAAGGAUCGAUACCUAUUCGUAUACGGUGGAAGGAAUGAUUUACUAUUCAAAACUUGCGAGUCAGCUGACAUCUAUGUCAAUGAUAUAGCACUGUUUGAUUUUCAGAAUAAGGAAUGGGUGAAUUUUAAUCAGUAUGGAUAUUAUCCGAUUGGAAGAUGGGGCUCAUCAAUAACCUUCGUUAACAACUAAUAUGAUGACAAGAAUACUCAGGCUAUUGUUUUUGGUGGUACUAAUCUUAAGGGCUAUGUUCCGAAUUUUACCUAUAAGUUAUUGAUUGGAAAAGAUUUGGUAUAAGAGUAGAUCAAUAUUAACAAGACAAAGAUAAAAGAAUUUUUCUAAUAGAUUCGAACAGGAACACUGAGAGAAACAGAAGAAUCUAAGAAAAAGAAAUGA